GCCAGCCAGUCGCUUCGAGCGCGGGCAGUCGAUAGUUUGCCAAAAUGCGGUGGUUCAUAGCAGUGUUUUGUUUAGUGAAUCUCGUCGUUGGUCAGAAUAGUACUAAUGAGGAUGGCGCCCACGAAUUCGAUUACUACUCCAUGCCCGUGCUCUCCGAGCUGGACGACUUUGACCUCUGCCUGCGGAACCCUGAGGCGGUGUACUGUAUCGUCGACAUGGAGCUGAUGGAGGAUGAGACACCGCUUUAUCAGUUCAUCAAGAACUUCUCAAUGAACAUUGCAAAGCACUACAAGCACUCGAAGCUCCACCGCGGGGUCUGCGCGAAUCAGCACUGCGGUCUCAACCUCACUCAUGCCGCAGGAGGAGAGUCCGCCGAAAUGGCCCUGAGGGACUGUCUUAACGCCUCCAUACACCGAGGCUACGGCCUGCAGGUGGAAACCCUGUCCGUGCGUUACUGCAAGACGCAAUCCGACAGCUUGCCCAUAGACGUGCUGGACUGGGUGGUCGGCGCCAUCCUGUUGGUCGUGCUCCUGACCAACCUGGCCUGCACCGCGUGGUACUUCCUUUGGCCUAGCGAACAACUCGAAAAUAACAAAUUCGUGAUGGCAUUCUGCGUGCAGAAGAACUGGAAAGCGCUGAAGAAAGGAGGCAACGCCGACGGCGGCGUGUUCAAGUGCUUCCAGGCCAUGAGAUUCUACACGAUGGUGAUGAUCUUGGGGCUGCACUCCAUGAUCUUCAUCGGCUACGGCUACACCGCGAACCCGGAGUUCAUUGAACAAUCCUACAGCGACUUCUUCAAAGCCCUGCUGUUCAACGCGCGCGUGAUCGUGCAGAUCUUCUUCGUGAUGGGCGGGUUCCUGAUGGCCUACAAGAUGCUGGUCUACGCGGAGACGCACCCCUUCUCGCUCAGGACUAUCCCUAUGGCUCUCGUCAACAGAUGGUUCAGACUAAUGCCAGCCGUGCUCGUAGUGAUGGGUUUGGCUAUGACCUGGGUCCCCCACCUGGGGUCCGGGCCCAUGUGGGACGCCGUGGUCAAGCGCGAGCGGGACAUGUGCCGCGCCAACUGGUGGCAGCUCGUCAUCCUAAGCCCCAAUCUCUUCCCCUUCGAGCAUCUAUGCCUGCCGCAGGCGUGGUACCUGGGUACGGACACGCAGCUCUUCCUUGUGACGCUGGUGGUCAUGCUGAUAAUCUGGCGCUGGCCGCGCUCCGGCGUGCCCGUGCUCACCGUCGUCAUGGUCGUGGCGCUCCUCAUCCCCUUCCUGCAGAGCUACUUCAUGAAGCUGAUGCCUAUCCGAGUCAGCUUGUUCCCUGAAUCAAUAAGAGACAUAUUCGGAUACAAUGACACGUUCUACCAUGCGUACGUCUCGGCGCAAGGAAACUGGGCCGGCUACCAUCUCGGUGUCAUCACUGCCUAUUUCUACCACCGCGCGCAGACUGAGAAGUGGAAUCUCAGGGAAUCUAUGCUCCUGCGCCUGAUGAUGCUGGUGUCGAUCCCGGUGGCGUGCGGCGCCGUGCUCAUGGGCUGGGACCUGCACCACCGCGAGGCCUCCGCCUUCGAGGCCGCUGUCUUCAAUGCGCUAAACCAGAACUUCUUCGCUUUCGCCCUGUGUAUUUUCGUCAUCGGUUGCUUCUACAGGUGUAACAAGCUGUACGUCGGUGCCGUGGAAUGGGGUCCUCUGCAGCCGCUCGGCCGCAUGUCCUAUUGCGCGAUGUUGCUUCACGCCACCGUGCUGCGGACCUACGGCGGUCAGAUGAGGCGCUCCUUCUACGCCACCGACUAUACCGCCAUCAUGUUAUUCGCCGGCAUCGUGACAACCACGUACCUCUGGUCCCUACCCCUAUACCUGUUCGUGGAGGCGCCCGCCUGCGCCCUGCAGAAGUUCCUUCUGGGCCCCAAGAGGAGACCCAGGAAGGAGCAAGAAGCCAACGGCAACGGCCAGGUGAAGCCCGGGCAGUCCACUGUGUCCGUCUCCACUGUGUCCACGCAUAUUUAAGUCUGAGUAGAUUUUACUGGGUGAAAUUAAGUUUUUAAGAGUUUAUCUAAGUGAAA